AUGGCUGAGAUCGGGUACUGGGGUCGGACGCUACUUGGCGUGUCGAUCGCCGGUAUUUUCGUGGCGACGCUGUCCUUGCUCGUACGUUUUCUCCUACCGUUUACUGGCUCUCAAACUAUAACUUAUACGACCCGUGAAGCUGCCUUUAGUGGGGUCGGACACGAUGUUUCUGACUUGCCGCGACCCAUUCGUCGUCGAGCGGCUUUAUUGUUUUGGCUUGAUCAAAUAUUCUGGGUCCUCGCCCAAGUGUUUGUCAAGCUGGCAAUCACUAUUUUGCUCUCCCGCAUAUUAGGCAGCAUGUCAGGCAUUCGCGCCACCACCGCAGGCCUGAUCAUAUUUACUAUAGCGUGGGGUAUUAGUUCAGUCCUAGCCGUUAUCUUCCAAUGCUGGCCGGUUCAACACUUCUGGAUUCAAGGCGAUGAGGGAACCUGCAUCAGUGGCCAGAUCGCCCUGUACACGGCGAUGGGGUCUUUGUCCCUAGCGGAGGACAUUGCCUUGCUAAUUCUUCCAACCGUGGUUGUCUGGCGAUUGAGGCUAAUAGCGAGGCUGAAGAUCCAGCUCACUGUGUUAUUCUCAGUUGGUACUUUAGUCUGCAUUUUUAGUUUCCUCCGUCUACUAGAAUUUGACAACUAUGCCACACGAAACCUAACCCGAAGCGGCUCGCUCGAAACAAUAUGGACCCUCCUCGAACUUGUCCUCGCAAUAUCCUGUGCCUCCGUUGUUGCCAUGCCACCACUCUUCCGACUGUGUGUCGGCUCAUGCCCGCUCGCGUCCUGUCUCCGAAAAAGUUUCUUAGCCUUUUCUUCCCGCUCCUCAGACUUCGUACGUAGCCUUCGGUAA